AUGUCGACCAUCGCUGUCACCUCUUCUUUCGCAAUCUUAGCCGACACCCUUUUCUAUCAUCCUCACCCUACCCUUGGCGCUGUCCUGUCUUCCCCAACGAUAACACCCCUGAAUUCACUGCUCUACAAUACUUCCGCCACGAACCUCGCGAAGCAUGGUCUGCAUCCCUACUACCAGCACCUCCUCGUGAACCUCCCCCAGCUACUCGGUCCCGCCUUGCUCCUCGUACCACAAACGCUCAAAACCUCGGCAUCUGAGCUCCCAAUCAUUUCCGCAGUCACAGGGCUCCUCAUACUCUCGGCGAUGCCGCACCAAGAGGCACGCUUUCUUCUCCCGAUGGUAGCGUUGGUUCUUAGCUCCCUUCGCGUAAAAAUAUCGAGAGCCCAGAUAGUCGUGUGGGUGGGCUUCAAUGCCGUUUUCGGAGCACUGAUGGGUCUCUAUCACCAAGGUGGAGUCAUACCUGCACAAAUUCAGCUAGGCAAGCAAGCUGCUCGACUUGGUAAUGACGAGAGACAAGGCGGUGCAAAUGGUGCUUGGGACAUGAGCGAGAUCUUCUGGUGGCGGACUUAUCCACCGCCAAUUUAUCUUUUGGGAAAGGAGUCUGGGAUCAACACCACAGAUUGUAUGGGAAUGCCUUUUGCGGAGGUUCAGGAGAAAGUGCAGGAGACUGUAGAGCGGGGGUGUGUACAUGGUAAGCAGAAGAUGAGUGCGGGUUUGAUUGCGCCCUGGUCAUCAGUGGAGAUUGAUGGAUGGAGAGAAACUCCCGAGACAGGUGGGAUGCAAGUGAAGGAAUUGUGGAGAUGGUCUAGGCACUUGAAUCUUGAUGAUCUGGACAUAGCUAGCGAGGGUUUGUGGGGGACUUUGAAAAGAGUGGUUGGAAGGAGAGGUCUGGUAAUCUGGAGCGUGCAAAAAGACUGUCUUGAAAAAGACAAAGGUAAUCAACUGGGUGGAGAUUGGUGA